AUGACGCUCUCUACAUAUGGUAUUAGUUGCCAAACACCGCAUGAAGUGGAACCUAUUCAGAUUUGGCCUAGUUGGAGAAUGGUCAAGCUAUUCGAGUGCCUCGGCAGAGAUGAAAAGUUAGGACUCAGCGGAAGACCACCUCGACCAUUCGGACCUUUGAGCACAUCCAAGGUGUUUCGAGUUUUCGGAGACACAGUGUUGUGCUAUCCACUUCUUUUCGAGGUUAAGGAUUUCUACGUGAACUCCGAUCCAGCCAUUUUAAUAGACGAUAUCAAGCAGCUUCUGAACACAAGUUGUAUCGAGCAUAUCGACUUCGCUACAUCGGAGGACGUCGAAUUCGAUAUUGACGUGCUGGAAGAAACCGGCAGAGACCAAAUACUCUCACGAAAUAGCCUCCUCGAUGUCGUAGACGAUGAAAGUACUAACGAGAAAGAAGUACAGAAGCUUCCUGAUGAAGAGCUUUGCGAAAUUAUUCGAAAAGAUGAAGUGGAUCGUCCUAGGCUAAUGGCAUUCACACUGGCGGCGAUGUGGAUGAGACGGCAUCCAGAAACUCCCAUUCACGGAUAUUCUAUUCGUGAACGCAUGGAGAGGCUAUAUCGCAGAGUCUGCCAGCUGCGUCUCUGGUGGUUAGUACGGUACUGUGCUGGACGUUUACGAAAAGCAGUAAAUAGUCUGGCUCCUGGAAUAACGAAUAUGUUGGUCAGAGGGAAACAGGUGACGCUGGGAGUUCGGAGUGUUCGAGAAGUGGUCAUAAGUCGCCCGAUUUCGCCUGGAGAACUAGUGGACACAUUAUUCUCUUGUUGUCCUCAAGAUGAGCCGCAUGUGGCUGUUAUGCAACAGGAGCUAAUCAUUGCUUGUUCUGACCUGAUGAGUAAAAAUGAAUCAGCUUUCGAUGGAGUGCUCACAAUACGCUUGUCAUGGCUGGCUGACGCCAUCACACUUUUGCUGAACUAUGUUCGAACUACUGGAACGAGACUAGAUAGUGCCAGCUCACUUACUCCAGCCACACCAGGCACAACGGGUAUACCAAGCGGUAGGCUGAUUUCUUCUAGUAUACACUGA